CACUCCAGUGUAGUCGGGGAGUGAGAGAGCACUCUCAGAUAUUUAUAUUUAAUUGGGUUCUUAUUUUGAUCUUGUUUCUCCAGACUGCGUGGUGCCUUAUAUAUAAUUAAUUACUGAAGAUGGAGUACGAUGCUGCAGUGGUGGGCGGGGGUGUAAUGGGCUACAGCACAGCACUGGAACUGGCGCGGCACGGCGCCCGAACUGUCCUACUUGAGCAGUUUCCAUCCCCCCACACGCGGGGAUCGAGCACAGGACAGAGCAGGAUCACUAGGAUCGCAAACUGCGGCGCCCAAGAAAUGAAUGCCAUCAUGGCCGCUGCUCUCGAGGCGUGGAGAAAUAUCGAGAAAGAAAUAAACAAGGAGCUUUUGAUAAACAUCGAGAAAGAAAUAUGGUUAGGGGAAAUAUCGAGAGAGAAACAUAAAGAAAGAAAUAUGGCUUGGAGAAAUAUCGAGAAAGAAAUAAACAAGGAGCUUUUGAUCCCAGCCCCGCUGUUAUGCGUGGGCACCGCGCGCUACAUGGCCAACAUGAGACGAUCCAUCGUAGAGGCGGGAGGUCAGCCUUUGCCCACGACUGUACAGGAGCUACGCCAGCAGUUUGGCUACAACUUUCCGGCAGACCUCGAAACUUUCUUUGACACUAAGGCCGCAGUGAUGCUUGCUGAUCAGUGUAUCCUCGCACUCAAGGAGUUAUUCAUCCGUUAUGGAGGAACUGUCCGCGACCGGUGGCCGGUGUCCACCGUGACGCCGUUGGAGGACAAUAAAGUUAAGAUAAGCGGGCCAAAUGAUGGCCACAUAAUAGCGUCGAAGGUGGCCAUUUGCGCCGGCCCUUGGACGGGCCCGUUGAUGAAAAGCCUUGGUAUUGAUCUUCCCUUAACUGAGACGAUCCAUCGUAGAGGCGGGAGGUCAGCCUUUGCCCACGACUGUACAGGAGCUACGCCAGCAGUUUGGGAGUUAUUCAUCCGUUAUGGAGGAACUGUCCGCGACCGGUGGCCGGUGUCCGCCGUGACGCCGUUGGUGGACAAUAAAGUUAAGAUAAGCGGGCCAGAUGAUAGCCACAUAAUCGCUUCGAAGGUGGCCAUUUGCGCCGGCCCUUGGACGGGCCCGUUGAUGAAAAGCCUUGGUAUUGAUCUUCCCUUGACGUCGGUGCGCACAUCUGUUUGGUAUUGGAAGCCAAAGCGGGAUGACUUCAAAGGGCACUCGUUCAUGUACAUGGACUCUGAUGUACCCACUCAUGACUUCUACUACGGCCUACGUUCCGUAGAAUAUCCUGGCCUGAUCAAACUGUGUGUUCACGCGGGCGUUCCCUGUGACCCCGACCACCGUGACAUCGUAGCCACGGACGCCCUGCUGGUGAAGGGACAGCAGUUCGUGGCAGAGGUCUUCCCGUGCUUGCAUGCUCAGCCUGUUAUAAAAGAAGCAUGCAUGUAUACCCUGACGCCUGAUCAAGAAAUGAUCCUGGACGUCGUUCCAGGCCAUCCCAACAUUGCAUUCGCUUGCGGAUUUUCAGGCGCGGGGUUCAAGAUCGGUCCUACAGUUGGACGUCUGCUGCGCCAGCUGCUCCAUGGAGAGGAGCUCGAUCACGACAUAAGCCGCUUCCGGGCCGCGCGGUUCACUAGGCCGCAAGCCAAAUACUAAUAGUUGGGGGCAAAAUAAUUAAUUUCUUAUAUUUUCCUAAUUGUUACUAACACGUAGUGUUGGUAACACUACGGGUCACUAUUUUAUAUAGUGACACGUGUUUUUUGUCACUAUAGCAACACGCUACGUGUCACUAUUUAUUUUUUCACGUGGAUACAGAUAGUAUCACGUAGCACUGAGGCGCCCGUUUGACAGCGCUUGAGUUAAAAUAAAUAAAAUGCUUAUAAUUUCUGGGUAUGUAGCAUUCAAGUCUUUUUAUCUGUGCUUAUGAAUUAGAAAAGCAUGUUUCUUUUGCAUCACAAAAAUAACAGAUAAAUAUGGCUUUAAAUUUUAAGAAUAAAGGUUAAAUUCAGUUAUUAAUU